UUUUUGUUUGUUUGUUUUUUUAGUUUCCAGUUUAACAUCAAUAAAGUAAGUUAAACCAUUUGCCACUUUUCCUUUCUUUACUCACCCUAUGACUGCUGGGAUAGGCUCCAGCCCCUCCAAUGAAUGAAUGAAUGAACAUCAGAUUGUGUGGCACAGCGCCCCCUGUUGGUCAGACAGAUUGCGUCUGACCGAGGUUUUGGGGUGGAAGUACUAACUUCUUUACUGCUCUCUGAGCUACACGAGUGGAGGCUUUUGAGAAGAACAUGGGGGCAAAAAUCUGCAGAGUAUUUUUCCUCGCUGCGUUUGUCGUUGGACUGAAUGCGUCAAGACCAACUGUCAACCAGGUAUCCAGACUCUUCAACGAGCUGUGGAGUCUGGAUGUGAACCGUAUGACCCCUAGAGUUGACUACACCAUCUCCGUUCAGAAUAAAGCUGGUUUCGUAAGCUCAGGCAGUCACGUAGUGCAGGAUCAUGCCUCACAGCCUCUAUUCUCACACGUCAAUGAGACCCGACUGAGGAACAUAACCACCUUUUCACGGUUCAUGGAGCUCUUGGACUAUGAAGGUCUACAGGUGGUGACCGAGCGAGUCACAGCAGAGGAGCUGACUGAGAAUACUCUUUUCCUGGAUGCUGUCUUGGAGACUGAUGUAAUGAAGCGUGCUCAUAAGUACCUGGUCAGUAAGGGACAGUCCAGCUCUGACUUGCGGCAAUUUAAAAGCCAGCUGUAUUUGAUCUGGUUCAACCUGUACCACAGACAAAGUAACAGUGGGCUGGACUCUUGUGGAUUCGAGCACGUGUUUGUGGGAGAGAUGAAAACUGGACCACAAAUUAUUGGUUUUCACAGCUGGAUCCAGUUCUACCUGCAGGAAAAAAACAGUCACUUGGACUACAAAGGGUACAAAGCCAGGCAGCACGAUAUACCUGAUCAGGACGACCAUGUUCUCAACCUGCAGUUCAGCUGGCACGGCGUGGUGAAGCCUGUCAGCAGCGCCUUCAUCGGGACGAGCCCAGAGUUCGAGAUGGCUCUGUUCACCGUUGUCUUCCUCAUCAACACAGACAAAAGCACCUCAGUGCUUGUCAACAUUGACCAGUGCCAGAUGGAGCUGGUGGUCAUCAGGCACGGCCGCUCCCUCAGAACAGCAUACCCCAAGCUGCUAAGCAGCAACAGCAGACAUGUCCGCCAACACACUCGCUGACACAAGCAGCAGACCGCCGUGUUCAUCAUGUGCACUCACUGUGGUUCAGAAAAUGCCACAAAGACAUAAUGUGGGAAUGUUUAUGCAGGUGUUUGCCAUAGUUGAUCACUACAGUAACUCAUGAUUCUCACAACAAGUAAGCCUGUUCAGUAAGUAACAUUAAAACCUAAGAAUUAUUACAAUACAUUUUAUACAAUUCUUUGGAAA